CCCUUUGCUCUGGGCGGCGCGCUAGCAUCGAGCCCCGCUUUACUUUCACGGUGCCGGGCCAGUUUCUCGCUCAAGGCGCUCAAGGCGAUGAGACAGUGCUAGCUGUUUACUGGAUGCGGAGUUUGCGCGUCUGCAAGUCGGCAUCGAACGGAGACUCAAAAAACCAAGCGGUUGUCGUCGGUAUCAUCCUCUUUCCUCUGGCUCCAUCUUUGGCCAAUCCUUGGCAUCCUCCACCUCCCACACCUGAUCCCUGGGUUUCUGCCGCAACCAACCUCGGGUCCACCGGUCCAUCUUGCACUGAUCCCAUGCCCGUCUCCCACGUGCCCGUUCUCUGCACGACAGUUGAUCCUGCAGGAAGAGGGCGUAGACCCUGCUCGAAGGCAGAUGUCACCAGUUUUCCGCUGUUCGCGGGGCCGACUGUAUUUACAGGAGCAGCUAUGGUGCACUCCCCCUGCCUCCCGGCCACCCGUUGGGGCAGCUGGGCAAAGGCGCUUUGGCACUUCCUUUAUGUGCAUUCUGCCCGUGUUGAGGCCUUCUCAUCCAGCAUGUGCUUCAUGACGUUGACCCUGGAUACAUUCUCGACAUCAUCUGACCAUACAUGCAUAUCCGUCGGAAGCAAGCUUGUUGGUUGACUGGUGUUAGGGACUAACAAGGCAACCUGUGGCCAUAGUAAAAGGAAGUGUGAA